AUGUCAUUGUUGUCACAUUGUAUGCCAGGACGUUCACUUUUGAAAUGUGGCAAUGAGGAUUGGAAGGUGAUGACUGGGAUAUCAGGUAGCAUGGGAGACAUCUAUAUUUUCAAAGGGCGGCCUUAUAUGGUCGAUGAAACUGGUAGAACAGUUACUGUUGAACCAGACUCAAGUGUCCAGUUAAUGGAUGAAUCUUUGGUUGUUGGUGGGAACAUGAAAUUCUUGGUGGAGAGCGAGGGCGAUCUGUUGUUAGCUGACGUUUAUGAGUGUGUGGGUGUUAGGUUCUCUGAUCAUGAUCCCGUAAGGAUUGAUUUCUUUAAGCUUGAUGAGAAGGAGAAGAAGUGGGUGAAAUUGACGAGUUUAGGGGAUACAGUUGUUUUGUUCUUAGGCAUGGCAGGUUCUUUUUCUAUUUCUGCUUCGGAUUUGUGUGUUUCCAAAGGGAAUUGUGUGAUUUUUAUGAAUAAUAUAUUCGAACUCGAACCAUUUCUGAACAUGGAUCCUGUGAGCUUUGUUUUAGACUUGGAUGAAGGUCAGCUUACGCGUUUGUCCGAUUCUCCUGAAUAUUCAAGAAAAAUUAAAUAUAGUGACGGGCAAAAUCCGUCUCUAAAUCAAUGA